AUGUGGAGACGGUUGUUUAAAGUAGGAAGCCUUUGUCGGGAGCAGGUUCGGUGGGUUCUGGGGAAUGGUGAGAUCAGUGUUUGGUAUGAUUCCUGGGUGCUGAGUACGCCACUUGUAGAGAUGUGUGACCCAGGUGUGGUUAGUUCCACAUUAAAGGUUAAGGAUUUAUGGUUGGAUGAUCAUUGGAAUGAGGAGGGACUCUGGAUUCUGGCAGAGGAGGCGGGGUUACCGGAUAGAGUUAUUGAUAAGAUCUUGCAAAUCACGUUUGAUGGAAGGAGUAGAGAUGUGGGAAGAUGGAAACUUACAGGAAAUAGGGAUUUUUCCCUGGCAUCAGCAUGGAAUCUGGUGCGGGAUAGAGGUGAGAGGCGGUUGAUCCAUAGUCUGGUCUGGGGGAUAUGUAUUGGCCCAUCAAUUUCCUUGUUCCUUUGGCGUCUCUUGUCGAACAGAAUCCCGGUGGAUAUGAAGAUGCAGUGGAGGGGGAUUACGCUUUCUUCGAAAUGUAGAUGCUGUGAGAAGUCUCUAGUGGAAUUAAGAUUACAUUUGUUUGUCAAUGGUGAAGCGACUAGGAGGGUCUGGAACCACUUUGCAGAAUGGUUCCCUCAGGUGCCUCCGUUUGAACGCAAUGAAAAUGUUCACAGGGAUAAGGCUUUUGAUGUGGCAAAUGUGAUCAAGAGAGUUAAUGUGAAGUUGAGGCAUUUGGUUGUGGCCAAGUUACUAGGACCUGAACAUUGGAAAUAUUGUAGUCCUAAGCUGGAUGAGAUGGUGAGUAGGGAUCCGAAGCUUCCUCAACGGGCAGGGGGAGGAGGGGUGCUUAGAGAUAGUGAGGGGGAGAUCCUUGCCGCCUUUGCUGCUGAUCUGGAUGUCGGGUCAGGGCUGGAGGCUGAAGCCAUGGCAUUGAUGAUAGGCGUGAGGCUUGCGAAGCAACAUAGCAACCGUAUCUGGAUUGAGUCAGAUUCGGAAACAGUGGUCCGGUGGCUUCACACAGGCCAUCUUGGCCCGGCUGAAAUAUGUAAUGUUUUGGCUAGAGUAAGGAAAGAACUGGAGGGUUGCGUUUGGAGAAUCUCCCAUAUUUUUAGAGAAGGGAAUAAGGUAGCAGAUUUUCUUGCAGGCUUGAGCCUGCAGGCUGGUGCGAUCCAGUACUACACAAGGGGCUCGUCGCCAGCUCGUGUAAAGGCUUUAUGUAGAUUGGAGCAGUUGGGAAUGCCAAAUUUCCGGUUUUGA